AUGGCGCGAGAAAUUCAAAUAAAUGCGCCAACAUACAAUAAAAGAAAAGCAGCUCCGGCCCCACCGCGCUUACCGAAUAGUAGUGAAACAAGCACCAAGUGCAAUGAAAUAAACCUUGCCGUAACAGAAGCUGACCAAAAGCAUUCAGCUGAUCGACGAAAUGCUUACUUUUCGUUCGUUUCCCCCACAAACAAUGCUGAUCGCGAUAAAUCGUUCUCUCCCUCCCCCCAAACACCUUGGCAUGCACAGUCGCAAAUGUCUCUGGUAGACCAAGUUGUUCUAACGCAACAACAAAGCACUAGCUUAGCAACAAGCACAGUAACAACGGUGAGCGCAGCUCUCACAACAACUACUACAACCACGACUUCAGCAAUGACAGCGGUUUCACAACGCAGUUCACCCACACCUGCACAAACGGAAAUUUCGGCAUCAGCCCAAGCCAAGCAGCGCAGCUCAGUGCAAGUUGACCUACUUAAUCCAACAACCCGUACAUUGACUCAAACUGGUAUUGAUAGGUAUAUACAAGUCAAACGAAAAUUAAGCCCACAGCAGCAAAAAAUUGCAAACCCAUCAAAAAUUGCAAAAGCGAAAACCACUGACAUUAACCCUCUACUGGGAAAUAAGUUUGCGAUUCUGUACAAUGAAUGUGACAAAGAGCCGAAUGAAGUUUCUAAAGCCAAACCCAAACUGCCCCCAAUUUAUUUACGAGAGCAAAACUGUAGUGAGCUCGUGAAUAAAUUAACUCAGCUUUUUGGAGACAAUACGUUCCACGUAACAUCAGUUACCAAGGGCAAUAUUAAAGAGACAAAACUUCAGAUUCUAACUGAAGAAAAUUACCGGUUGGUAACCAAACACCUUAAUGAAGAUAAGAAAAACUUCUAUACGUACCAGCUCAAAUCAGCAAAGGACUGCAAGUAG